UCAGUACAACCCCCAUUAUCUGUGCUUUGGUACAGCCCACUGUCAAAUUGAUUUUUCGCUCUUGGUCUUUGUUGCUUUCACCGGUUUUGUUCCUAAAACAACAAAAUCAAACAUUUUGUGGACUGUCGUUUUAAUCGUGUCACAACGAUGGAUGAAAGGCUGUAUGGAUCUUUGCCCAAUGCCCCUUCGGAAUAUCUCCAACAAUGGGUUCAGUCAGCUCAACAGCAUCUACAAGCCCUUCAGGCACAGUAUCCACACAUGGCUAACGGCAAUGCUGCCUAUAUGAUGGAGGGACACAGAGAAGAGGCGGGCAUGCAGCCUCCUGUACAGAUGCCUGUACACCCAGAGGAUGCUGCCCAACAAGAGCCCGGUGCACCACAGAAAGCACCUGCUAAAGGCAAGAGAGGAAGACCAGCAAACAAAGAACCCAAAGAACCUAAAGCCCCAAGAGCCAAACCUGGACCUAAACCCAAAAAAGCAAAGGAGGAUAAGGACGCCCCGCCUGCUGAAGGACAGGAGAAGAUUGAUGGUACCUUCAAGAAGGUGAAGAGGAAAGUGGAUCGCUUUAAAGGCAUGUCUGAAGAGGAGGUCAUGAAGAAGACUCUACCAGACAUCCUCAUCCCUAACCUAGACUAUGUCAUUAUCGGAAUUAAUCCAGGGUUGAUGGCGGCUUACAUCGGGAGAUGGUUUCCUGGUCCAGGAAAUCAUUUUUGGAAGUGUCUUUUCCUAUCUGGAUUCACAGAGAAGCUACUAAAUCACAUGGAUGAUGACAGUUUGCCUGAGAAAUAUGGCAUUGGCUUUACAAAUAUGGUGGAAAGAGCGACUCCAGGAAGCAAAGAUCUUUCGAGUAAGGAGCUUCGAGAGGGUGGGAAAAUCCUGGUGGAAAAAAUCAAGAAAUUCAAGCCGCUCAUAGCAGUUUUUAAUGGAAAAUGUAUUUAUGAAAUGUUCUGUAGAGAGAUAUUUGGGAAAAAACCCAAAACUCUUGAAUUUGGUCUACAGCCUCACAAGAUCCCAGACUCUGACACAGCAUUGUAUCUGAUGCCCUCUUCCAGUGCCCGCUGUGCUCAGUUCCCACGUGCUCAGGACAAAGUGCAUUUUUACAUCAAGCUAAGAGAGCUUAGGGAUCAGCUGAAGGGUGUAGCCAAGGCUAAGGAAAUCGAGGAAGUGAACUAUACCUUCGAUCUCGGACUGGCCAAAGAGGAUGCCAAGAGAAUCGCCGUUAAGGAAGAACAGUACGAUCCUGGUUAUGAGACGGCUUAUGGGGGAGCAUAUGGUGAACCCGUACCUGAAAUGGGUCAAAGCAAUGGAUAUUGUAACUUCUCCACGUCUGAGGAAACAGCGGAAGCUGCGGAGAAGGCACCUACGAAUCCCAACCCAGCUGGCCAAGUUCAAGAUGGUCAGUGGAUGAUGCAGUCCUUCGCUGAUCAGAUUCCAGACAUCGGAAACUCCUCUCAACCCCAAACCUGGGGCGUAUGAGGACGGACCACGAUGAGGGACUUCAUGCGAAGCCAGUCGGAGGAGUUCCUGUGCUCUUCCGCAAAUGCCGUGCCUCCUGUCAGGUCUCCAGAACCUAUUCAGGAGUUUUAAAGUGCACUGGUUUCCUUCUCCUGAUAGUCUGUUACAUUUUAAUGAGAUCAGUGUGGUUUGCCACAUUGUGUUAGGUGGGCGGGAUUUAUAAAAAGAUUUCAGGAAUCGCAGUGUCAUGCACAAGGAGAGUCCAAUGGCUGCUAUGCUCUGAAAAGACUUAACCUCACAACUUCAUGUGGAGGCCCUCAAGAUCUUGGAUAUGUUUAUCUAAGAGAGACUCUUGAAGAACUGUUUUUGCAAUGAAUUUGAAUUUGAAUAGAUCUUUUUAGGAAGUAGCAUUUCUAUUGAAUUGGAAUAUAUAUAUUCAUCUUUUACAUUAAUGAUUUAGUGUUGGGAAGUCCAGUCCUACUCGCAGAGCAACUGUCCUGCUGAGUUUAGCUUCAACUGUAACGAAAAACACCUAAAAUAGUUCAUCAAUGCCUUCAGGUUUACUUAAAAAGUAUAGGUAGGUGUGUGUUUGAUUGCAAUGGAACCAUAGAUAUAUAUGUACAUAGAUGCCUUAUUAGUUGCUGUUAUACAUAAAAGUCAUUCUGUGUUUGGUGUUGUUGUGGAGACCCAAACAUAGUAAUUGCUAAACUAACGCAAUACAAGGCCAACCAGCAGUAAGGGGCGUGUCUACUAACCAACAUCGUUGCCUGGGUUGCGUAUGUGUGGGGCGAGUCUAACAAAAGAAAGUCCAGAUUCUACUGGGGUAGGGGCGUGAUUGUUUAGGUGAUUUCAAAUAUCGACAUUGGCUUUCAGAGAUCAUGCACCCCGCCUUUAAGAUGCCACUUAAAAUCUACAAAGUGGUUCUUUAAGUUUUUACAACCACAAGUUUUGCAAUGUUGUGUCUUGGUCAAAUGUGGAAUCUAUGUAUACAUAUCUAUGGCUGGUACUCUACAGGACGGACGCUGAAUUGGAUACACCCGUUUUAGAGUUAUUAUUGUUACUUUCAGUAGUUUUAGUGUACAGUGGUUUAGAGCACUGGUUUAUUGUAUUACUUUCAUGUGAUAUCAGGGACUGAUACUUGAUUUGCUCAUAAGGAGAGUUCAUUUCGUUUGGUAUUUUUAAACAAAAACAUACUAUGUUGUUUUCUUGUGCAUUCAUAUUUGAAAAAUAACUACACGGUCCUUUUAAAGCCUGAAUUUGAAGCAAUGUCAAAUCCAGCAAUUUUUAUUACUUCUUUUUAAAAGUGCAUAUGAAAAAUUUGUUGCAAUGGCAUAAAUGGAAACAAUGUUACAAUUAGUAAUGAUUGUACGUAACAAUAUUUCUUUAAAUGAUAGGGAAAUAUGUUAUCAAAGUUUAAAAUGUGAACCUAACCACCUCUUUAUCUUCUGCAGUACUGUAAGUCACAAUACUUUGUGACCGUUUAUACAUCUCAUGAACAUGCCAUAAAUUGAGGAUUGUUCCAAAUGCUCUUAAGUGGUUCUAUUUUUUUUAACUCACUGUAAACAUUAUUCUUUCAUGAUCUUUUUUGUUUAUUAAAAUGCUAUUAUUUUGA